AUGUCUUCGACACACUCCCGCAGUGGGUCUGACGACACGAACGCCACGUCCAUUUCUUACAUUCUCGAGCAUGUGCUGCAGUAUCCUGGUAGCUAUGAAAUCCCUCUGCGAACCAUGUACACACUCAACUGUGUGCCUCGCGCACAGCCUCUACCCAAGGACCUUGCCCGUGGCCACACACCGAGCAAUAGCAACGGAGGCGCUUCGCCUACCUCGCCACAGUUUGCCUGGAACAGCACCGAGUCAGCAACGAUGAGCUUUACCUCGGAGCUCAUGACCCACCUCAACAAGCUGCCCUUGCAGCCUAGCUCGCUACCGCCUACCUUCAUUGUUAACUUUGUCAGCCGGUGCUUUCAUCCCGACUUGAAUCUUGUGGAUUUCCCUCAAGCCCUGACCGCCUUGGAUUAUUUACGAGAUUUGGAAAACAGGAGACGAAAAGAGAUGGUGGCCGCCUUUGAAAGGCUUCACAUCCACCCCGACACCUACGAGAAUGACAUGGAAAGCAUGGCUGAGACGUUCCCUGGUAUCGCACUGUGGGUGAGGAAUGUCGAAGCAAAGAAUAGGAAAGCCGAGAGCUAUUAUGCUCAGAUAUGGAUUGGUGUACGUCGAUGGAUCAUGAUCAACGAACUGUCCAUCCAGCCAUUCAACAAACUUAACUGCAUGGGCAUGCUCAACACUCUGUUGCCACCUUUGCACGAUUCAUCUAAGCUACCUUCGCCUGUCUUGAAUUGUGAAGUAUUGAAGGAGGAGCGAGACUCGUUCUUCGACUACAUUCGUCUCGUCCAAAAGAACGGGCCUGAUGUGCUCAAGCCCAUUAUGAACCACGCCAAAGAUCCCGGAGAUGAGACAAGUUGGUCCGCCAUCCAAAGGACAGUGGACAAGUAUCUGAGGGUGACAAAGAACAUGAUUGACGAUUGCCUCGCUACUACGGGACCCGAGUCAUUCAAAGCCUACGCAGAAGAGAGGAAAGGCAAGAAGACAGAUUCCGGUGUCAGCUUUGGCGCUGAGCGCAGGCCAAGUGUAGGAUCCACAUCGCACGAGCAGCAUGAAGAAGAGCCCAUGCCUUCUUACGCAUCUGCGCCCAAAAGCGCCUCAAAACUAGAGAGGAUCACUCGCGAGUUCAAGCGCAUGCGAGUCAAGCCUCGACCCAGCGUUGAAGAAAUUGUCCAGGUCAACUCUCGAACGGAUACCGACUACGUUCCGCAAGCUGCUGAAGCUAAAGGCAAGAAGCUUAAGAAAGCGCGAUCGUUUGCCAGUCUCAAGUUCGGGAACGGCAGCUCGCUGUCCCUGACCAGCCGAAAGGGAAGCGAUGCAAGCGAGGCCUUCGACCCGGAGCAGAUGAAGAAAGCCCGAGCCAUGUACGACGCAACGGUGAACAGGCACUGA